UACUUUUGGGCUUCCAUUGUAAAAUAUUUUUGCCCGGUAUAUUUUGCCGAAUAAAUUCAAUAGAUUCAUUUACCAAAAUGUGAUCACUGAUCCGCGUCAAUACAUAUAGUGAAUAAUAUUUAGAAAAUAAGCAGUAAGCGCAGAGAGAUGAGAAGUGCUACAUAUUUUCAUUCUACUACUAUCCGGUUCUUCUUGCUCCUCACAAUUUUUUUACCCUCAUCAUUUUCCGCCAACUAAAUAUUUUCACAAUAACAACGAAUGGGACACAUAAUUCACUCAAUGCUGCUAGAAAUUUUGUACUGCGCGGCAUUUCAUCCAUACAAUUUAUAUACUAUCCGAUGUUUACACAAUAAUGCGUGAAAGUUAACAUGUUGUAAUACAUUCAAGUGGGGGAAAACUUGAAAAAAAUAUUAAAUCAUUUCUUCUAUAAAUAUUUUGAUUUUAUAUUGUUAAAACAAAUUUUUCUCAUCUGAGCCGGAACUGAACUGUGAGGUGUGCCCUCCCUGAACUGUUUUAGAUUAAGUCUAUCCUUAGCAUUAAGCAAAAUUCAUUCAUUUUGGGUUGAUUCUCAGCCCCCUUCCGAACAACUAACGGAAGUUACUCUCCAACACGAAUUUCAACAAGAAUACCAUAUUAGCCGAAACCAAUCAUACAACGUAAUACAAGAACAAGGCGAUUCGAAAAUAGAAAAAAUGGCCUCAACGAGAUUCUACGCUCACAUCUCAUUAAGCAUUCGUUUAGUAGUGCUGGUUAGUAAAUAUCGCUUACAAAUUGCUUUACCGCAUUUAAUUUUUCUUUUUUUGAAGAUAAGUUGUGUGGUUUCCAUGAUAUUGAUCCUGACAGCUCCGUAUAUUAAUCUUGCAUAGUGAAUUACAUAAUAAAUUUUAGUGGAGUUUGUUUUUGGAGAACUAUCAACUCUACACAACAAAGCCGAGAAAUAUGUCCACCAUCAUUUUUUCCUAUGAGCCUUGAUCGUUGGAGCUCUUCGUUACACUUUCAAAUGCGUGGACAAAAUGUUUGGGGGCAACUAGCCAUUAUCAUUCUCAGUUUCCUUUUUGCACUUGCGCCAUUGAUAUUUACCUGCAUUUAUCUAACCUCAGGAAGGAGCUUAAGUUUCUCUGUUUGCAUAAUGCAUUAAAAUUUGAAAAAUUUCUCAGUUUUUAGCAAAUUAUUGCUUCCAUUGUUGGUGUGAUUGCUUUUCUUAUUUUUGGCGCAUUUGAG